AUGAAUCCGACGGUGGAGUUUUUCCCCGACGAAGUAAUCCUCCAGAUUCUGGUUCGAUUGCCGGUCAAGCCGCUCUUCCGAGCGAGAACGGUCUGCAAACGGUGGCUCUCGCUAUCCAAAGAUAAGUACUUCAUCCAAUUCUACAAUGAACUAGCUGUGAAAAACUCGACGGUCCUAUUAGAUGUAUCCGAUUCCUCGGAAUUGAAAUCGACAUUAAUUUGCGUCGAUAACCUAGCUGGGGUCUCCGAAUUCUCCCUAGAUUUCAUCGACGAUCGAGUCAAAAUUAGGGCUUCCUGCAAUGGCCUGCUGUGUUGCUCCGGGGUCCCCGACAGGGGCUUGUACUACGUCUGCAAUCCGAUGACCAGGCAGUUCAAGGUGCUUCCCAGGAAUAGGGAAAGGCCAAUUACUAGGUUUUAUCCAAAUAGUGAGGCAACAUUGGUUGGGCUAGCCUGCGAUCUGACUCUACACAAGUUCAAUGUCGUUGUGGCGUUCUAUCACCGUGCUUUCGGGCAUAGGCCGGAUGGAACGUUCGUGUGCUAUGUGUUUGAUUCUGGGAUGAAUAAGUGGAGGAAGUUUGUGUCGAUUCAGGAUGAUCAUUUCACGCAUAUGAACCGGCACCAGGUCGUCUUUGUGAAUGGUUCGCUGCAUUGGCUGACCGGUAGCUGCUUGUUCGUGCUGGUGCUUGAUGUGGAGUGUGAUGUGUGGAGGAAGAUUUCGCUUCCGGAUGAGGUGAGUUAUGGGGUGGGGAACCGGGUUUAUCUGCUCGAAUUGGAGGGUUGUCUGUCGGUGGUGCAGAUCUCGGAGGCUUGGAUGAAGAUAUGGGCGAUGAAGGAGUAUGAUAGUGAAGUGUGGAGUGUGGUCGAUCGAGUCAGCUUGAGGUGUAUUCGGGGAAUGGUACCCGGGAUUUUCCCAAUUAGCCAGACGAGUGAGCAUGUGUUCCUGGCUACUCAUAAGCAGGUGCUGGUGUAUAAUAGGAAGAGUAGAGUGUGGAAGGAGAUGUAUUCUCUGAAGACCAACAGCUCUUCGUUCCCAUUGUGGUUCUCGGCUCAUGCUUUUCGGAGUACAAUCUUCCCUUGCGACUGA